UCCCUGCUAUAUUCUUGUACAAACGUGUGUUUCAGUUUAAUAUUUCAACAGAAUAGAAUAGAAUAGAAUUUGUUCGUUCUGUCUGUUCCCUGCUGUUCGCAGUGCGGGGGUAAUCAGUGUGAUCACACUCACCUGUGUCUCUAUGAUUAGUCUCAUUAGGUGACACCAUCACCCAGUGUCCUGUGUAGAUGUACCUCUCUCCCUGACUCUGUCUUUGUGGAAUCAUUGUUCUUUCUUUUCCGCUGUCUUCGUGCUUUGUGUUUGGUGUUCCUACCCUGAGAUCCAUGCUCUUUGUUCUUUGUAUUGAGUUCUGCAACCUAGUGAGUGGUGCAACUUUUGAUUUUUGUGAAUAAAAUACCUACACCUAAGAAGACUCCCCUGUUAUUUUCAAACCUGCAUUUGACUCCUGUCUGCUUCCUGCCAUGUCGACACAACAGAAUUCACAAAGUGCAAUAUCAAAUGUUAAUGUUCCUGGCGGCUACGUCUAAUGAUUGGUCGUAUUAAGGGGCCUUAUUUAGCCCAGCCCUGCACAACUGCCUGAGGAGCCUGACGAGCCACAGUCGAAGGCUUGCUGUGAGUCAUAGCUAGUUGAGAUUCAAAGUUUGUAAUGGAUGCAAAGUCUCAUUAGCUGUUGUAUAGGUAGAGCACCGUGAUGGAGCAACUCCUGCAGUUCCCUGAUUACAACCCACUUUAAACACCACAUGUGUUAAAGGUGCACAGCUGAAGGUCGCACUGCCGGUGGAGGGUAGCUUCGCGGUGCAGCAUCAAUGUUUACGUGACAAAAGGAGAGGUGUUGUUUCAAGCCUGCAGCAACAUUGUAGGCAUUGUUAGCAGUUAUCGUGUGUCAAAAAGUUCCCAAUGAUCUGCUCGAUGUGGAAAAUAUAGGUUAGAAUCUAAACAAUGCCUCGGAACAUGAGAGAGAGAGAGAGAGAGAGAGAGAGAGUGGAUUUUCCUCAUCUUUACUCCUCUUUUUUUCCGCCUGUCAAGAACUUGAUGCAGUAAUGGAGAAGACCCAGCAUAUCUUAGCACUGAGCUGCCUGCUGCUCUUAGAGAUGUCAAAGUUUGAAAUGGCUGGUGGAAAGGUUUUAGAGGAAACCUAUCGGAAGUGGGUCCAGUACAAAGAAGAGUGUGUCAAAAUGAUGGAAAAUGAACCUUUACCUCAAGGUUUGUUCUGUAACAGGACGUUUGACAAGUACGCCUGCUGGCCAGAUACUCCUGCUGGGACUCUGAUCAACAUUUCCUGUCCUUUCUACUUGCCUUGGUUUGACAAAGUGUCCCAGGGGGUGGUCACUCGCCGUUGCAACUCUGGGGGCUUCUGGGAGAAAGAUGACAACGGGCAGGUGUGGAGAGAUAUGAGUCAGUGUGAGGAGGAGAAGGAGGUGGCAUCUCAGGAGCUGAGGAUUAAACAACUCAUGGUGAGCUUCAGGAUGCUCUACACUGUGGGCUACUCCGUGUCUCUCUUCACACUCGUCACGGCUCUCAUCAUUCUUCUGAGCUUCAGAAAACUGCACUGCUUCAGGAAUUACAUCCAUGCCAAUCUUUUCCUGUCGUUCAUCUUGAGAGCUGUGUCUGUCAUUGUUAAGGACACCAUGUUAGAACGACACUGGGGUCGGGAAAUCAUGAAACAGGCCGAUGUCAGCGAGAUGCUUAGUCAUCAGGCUGCGAUUGGCUGCCGGAUAGCACAAGUGAUGAUGCAGUACUGUGUUGUGGCCAAUCACUAUUGGUUCUUUGGAGAGGCAAUUUAUUUGUACUCUGUGCUCAUCGCCUCAGUGUUCAUUGACAACAACAAAUAUUUCCCCUAUUUAUGUCUCGGCUGGGGAAUUCCACUUCUAUUUGUGAUCCCGUGGGUGGUGAUGAAGCUAUUGAAAGAAAACAAAGAGUGCUGGGCUGUCAAUGAGAACAUGAGCUACUGGUGGAUCAUCCGUUUCCCGAUUCUUUUUGCCUCACUAAUCAACUUCCUGAUUUUCAUGAAGAUCCUGAAGGUCAUUCUUUCCAAAUUACGAGCCAGCCAGCAGACUGGGUACCCAGAUUACAAACUGCGGCUUGCCAAGGCGACGCUUACCCUGAUUCCUCUGUUUGGCAUACAUGAGAUCAUAUUCAUCUUUGCAACCGAUGAACAGAUGACAGGAUUCCUGCGCUACGCUAAAGUUUUUAUCACUCUUUUUCUUAAUUCCUUUCAGGGUUUUAUGGUGGCUGUACUCUACUGCUACGCCAAUAAAGAGGUAAGGACAGAGGUGAGGAGGAAAUUACACAGCUGGAGGGUAGAGGCAGAGAUCUUGUGCUGUGGACAGUGACUAGCCGUGCUGGACUCUCGUGUGGACACUUUAUCCAUCGCCACAGUGCCAGAGCGCAACAGAUCAUCUGCCACACUGAGGGCAGUGCCAGAUGGUUCACCAUCCCCAGAGAGUGUCCUGGUUUUCAGGCCACCCAUUCAGCCAGCAUCUCUUCAGUCUGAGCAAUCGUUGUUGCUCUAUCCACCUGAAUUGAACAGAGAACACAUCCUGCUGUGUGGUGAUCAGGCCGACAUCGGAUUGUCUUCUGCGAUGCAGGUGUCAUUUGUUAUCCAUCUUCAAGACCCUGUUGAGUCACUGCCAAAUGUUGUAAAUACGGAUUCAGACUAAAUACACUGUAACAUUUCCUGUGUAUUCUAUUUUAGCAAUAUAUUAUCUAAAAC